AUGGCGUACAGCCCUGGCGACAAAAUUUUCGCUAAGGUUAAGGGGCAUCCUCAUUGGCCGUCUCGAAUCAAUCUGCUACCUCCAGACGUGUCUAUUCCUAAAGGGAAAUACCCCAUAUUUUUCUACGGAACGCACGAAGUGUACGUCGCCUUUUUAAAUUAUUCCCUCUUCAGCUAUUUUCUUGCUCCGAAGGAUAUAUUUCCGUAUGAAAAGUUCAAGCACAAAUUCGCUAUCCCAAGGAACAAGCCUCUUUUUCAGGCUGGUUUGCGAGAGAUUGAAGAGGAUCCAGACGUCCUGCUGUACGGUAAAGAUCCGCAAUCUGAGGAGUUUCUGGCCCGCUUCUACAAGUUUACAAGGGAUACGGCCACUUCGCAACCACAAGCAUCAGUCGACUCCACGCCACAGUCAGCAAUCACUCAAUCCGGAAAACGAUCUAAUGCUGGUUCACCUACAGAUGAAUCACUGGUGGACGGAACCACGCCAUCAGCUCGUCCUAGGCGGCUAGCCUCUUUACGAUUGCGCAUUCGCAACGACGGAAACGGGCUGAAAUUCUCCCCGGCACAUGAAUCACCCUUGUCAUCAAUAUCCCCUUCCACACCGGAGUCCAGUGGUACUGUGGAAGCGAAACGGCCUGUCGAAGUAACCAGCACAGCCACCGUAACAACAUCGACUGACCCGUUGCGUAUCACAAUCAAACAGCUAUCCACCUCCCCUUCCAUCGUGGCAAGUACCACGGCGAUCACAAAUUCCGGUUUAGUAGUACCCUCUCGUCCGAUGUUCUCAGUCGCACCUUCACCAAACACUGGACUUAUUGGUGUUGGGGCUGAUUCAAACGGGAAUACAGCACGGAAAAAAUCUACCGCUGUAGUUACCCCACUUCGACGGGAUCACGCGCCAACUCUGCCUGAGGUCAGCGAUGAUUCAGCCGCUGUAAGCACACCGAGUACCGAUGCAGAGACGCCUUCUUCACGGACUCCACCUUCAGAUUCGCGGGUCACACUUGCACCGAACCGCGAAAAAAGCGAAAAAAGACGGACAGAGCGGUCCACAAAACUGAAACAUUCACAUGGUGAUCGAAAGGAGCGUCGUCAUCGAACAAACGUAUCCAAGCGAUCUGGAUCAGUGACGACAACCACAACACCAGUAAGCGAACAGGAUAGCUCAUCAACACAAUCCCCCUGGCCUCCAAGUGACUGUGGGAAGAAUGUGAGUUGUGAUUCAUGA